AUGGAAUCUGAAUUACAUCCAUUUACUCAUAUAUCAGUCAAAAAUGCCAUGGUCGAAUUUUUACAAUUAAUACGAACAUCACAAAUUAGCAAAAACGAAUCUGAAAAGUUUUUAUCCUUCGUCAAAUCUAUUUUACCGUUUCCUGAUCAAAUGCCGAAAAAUAUGAAUACAUUAUUAAAAGGACUUAAUACAGCUGAUUAUUUUAACAGAAGAACAAUUUGUAUUCUUUGUGAAAAAGAACUUCAAAAGAAUCAAAAUUUGUGUAGUCAAUAUAUCGAAGAAUAUAAAAAAUUCAUUCUAAAUCCUGAUUCACAAACACCCUAUGAUAUACCAUUGGGGAAAGCUUAUCAACGUUUACUACGACAAUAUUCAAAUGAAAAUUUAUUAACAAUACUUCUUCAUGUUGACGGUAUAUCGGUAGUAAAAUCCACAAACUUAAAAUUGUGGAUUUGUGCUGCUAGUCUUAUAGAACUUCCGCCAAGUCUUCGAACUCGUCGAUCAAAUAUGUUCUUGGUCUCUAUAGAAGCUCAAUUGACUAAUAGAAACGUUUAUGGUCAUCUUGGAACUUCAAUAUUAGAUGAAGUUGUUGAUGUUUCUUUACCACGUGCAUUAAUUAUUGACUAUGCUCACGUCUCGUUAUUGAGACAUUUUCGAGAUGUUAUUAAAACUGUUGCUUCGUCACUUGCACCAGCUGUGCGAGAAAAAAUCGACGUUUCUUUACGUGCACAAAGAUUCCCUUACUUCUUUCACAGGAAGAUGAGAGGAGUUGCAGAUUUUUCUUUUAUUAAAGCUGUAGAAUUAAAAAAUUUGUUGUUGUAUGGAUUCAUACCGCAUUUUAUGAAUCAUCUAACAAUUGACCAAUUAUGCUUUAUAUCUUUAUUUACUAUUGGUGUUCGACUUUUUCAUGCUGAUAACGUCUUCACUCCUAUUAUCAGCACUACAGCAAAUGAGUUGCUUUGUAAAUAUUAUGCUGAUCACCAUAUUUAUUUUUUGCAUCAUGCAAAUUUUGUGUUACACCUUCAUCAGCAUUUCCAAGACGUUUAUGAAUAUCAUGGUCCAUUGUCAUCAAUAAAUACAUUUUCUCAAGAAGAUUUUAUAGGAUAUAUAAAAAAAAAUAAAAAUGGUACCACGUCUUUCGAAAAUCUUUUUGCGUAUUAUUACAACAUAGAUGUUUUAUUAAAAAAGUUCAAAGAAACGAAUUUGAUACGUGUAGUUGAUGGUCCAUUGGAUGUAUGUCUAGUAAGACAAGAAAAUCCAUUAUUUCAUGAGCUAUCCAAUUAUCAUCAGAAAAGUUGUGAUCGUAAUAAUUAUUGUCAAUGUAUAAAAACAUUUCGGCGUUGUCUUAUAUUUAAAAAAAUGUACCAUUCCCUUCAAUAUGUUAAACGUAAAAAUACAACUAGUUAUUUUGUUAAGUACUUGUUUCGUCCAGGUAACUUUGAAUUUGGUUCUAUAAAAGUCUUCUUUCAACAUCAACAACAAACGUAUGCGUUAAUUCAACAUUUUCAAGUCAUCAAUGCAUUUAGCGAUUAUUUAAAAGAUAGCCGCUAUUAUGGUCUAUUGAAACAGGCCAUAGACAAUUUCUAUUUUGUGUUAAAGAAAACAAACAUAACUCGAAUUGUUUUAGUUGAGAAAAUUCAAACACAUAUGAUUGUCUUUCAAAACAUUCCAGAAAAAGCAUUUAUUCUUGCCACUCCAAUAUCUGCAAUCACUGAACAUGAUUGA